CUGUAAUGCUCUGAGGCAGCGAGGGUUAGCGCAUGGACCAAUGCGAUUAAAAGGGCAGUGGGAAGAUGCGCGUGCUUGCCUCUUGCUGGACGGAGAGAGGUGGUGAAGAUGGUCUGACUUCAGCUCAUCCGGAUUGGGUUUUCAUUCUUAUUGAACUGAACAUUGACUCAGUAUUUUAAGUUAUUUUAUUUGUCACAUUUUGAUUCCAAACCUUAUUUUUCAGUUUUCGAUUUGUGAUGCGUUUUUUUGGAUUCCACAUCGUUAUUGUUCAGGUAUCCCCGUUUUAACACCCGGAGAUUUUUUUUGAGUACCUACGGUUGCCCGCGUGCCACUACCCUGACUCAGCAUCCCACCUGGGCUGCAGGCGAGCACUGUAGCCCCCUCGAGCAUCACUUUGAAGAGCAGGGGAAGUAGCAAGGCAAGGAGGACCAGCGAAGAGCUGCUUUAACCAAGACAAUCAGAGAGGCACAUAUCCUCCAAGCGCAAAGAGGGGUCUGAAAAGGGGAGAGGAAGAGUAGGCUACGAGAGCACCAGGGAGGGAGUUAUAGAGAAAAAAGGAGGAGACGGUAAAGACGUUACUAUCAACAGAGAGUUGGACUGGUUACUACAAGCUAGUAGCAAAUGUUUAACAUUACACCUGCUACACAGAACAUAAUUAUAGGAAAGCAGCUGUCAAAGUGUGCGGAGGAAGACGAGAAAGCAUAGCUUGGGGGGAUUGAACGGAGCGGGGCAUGUGGAUAUUGGCUGUUAUCUUUUUCCAGAGCAUCUUAAAUGUUUUUAGUGAAGAUCUACGUUCCAGCUUAUAUUUUGUCAAUGCAUCUCUGCAAGAGGUAGUGUUUGCCAGCACCACAGGGACCCUGGUGCCCUGUCCCGCUGCAGGCGUGCCCCCCGCCUCGCUGCGCUGGUACCUGGCCACCGGAGAGGAGAUCUAUGAUGUGCCCGGGAUCCGCCACGUGCACCCCAAUGGCACCCUCCAGAUCUUUAACUUCCUCCCCUCCAGCUUUAGUAAGCUGAUCCAUGACAAUACCUACUAUUGCACAGCUGAAAAUCCUUCAGGGAAAAUAAGAAGCCAAGAUGUCCACAUUAAGGCCGUAUUUCGGGAACCCUACACGGUCCGGGUGGAGGACCAGAAAGCCAUGAGAGGCAAUGUAGCGGUCUUCAAGUGCAUUAUCCCUGCCUCCGUGGAGGCUUACGUCACUGUCGUAUCGUGGGAGAAAGACACAGUCUCACUAUCCUCAGGACCUAGAUUUCUCAUCACAACCACGGGAGCCUUGUAUAUUCUGGAUGUCCAGAAUGAGGAUGGAUUGUAUAACUACCGCUGCACCACACGGCAUCGCUACACGAGCGAGACCAGGCAAAGCAACAGCGCCCGGCUUUUUGUGUCAGAUCCCACUAACUCAGAGCCGGGGAUUCUGGAUGGCUUUGACCGUCGGGAGGUCAUGGCGUCCCAUCGAGUAGAGCUGCCCUGUAAGGCGUCAGGCCAUCCGAUGCCCAAGUACCGCUGGCUGAAGGACAACAGCCCCCUGGAGCCCGACACACGUUUCCGCCAGAGUGUCACGGGCCUGCUGAUAGAGAGCGCCCAGCCCACCGACUUUGGCACCUACGUCUGUGAAGUGUGGAACAGCUAUGGCAACGCUGAAGUGGUGGGCCGGCUUCUGGUCAAACAGCCCCUGAAGGCGGUGGUCAGCCCACGAAAGGUGAAGGGCAGCGUGGGUAGUAAGGUGUCCUUGCAUUGUAGUGUCAGUGGUUCUGAUGAGUACGAGCUGUCGUGGUACCGUAACGGAGAGAUCAUCUACCCCGGCAACAAUGUGCGGAUCACAGGCAUCAGCAGGGAGAAUCUGAUCAUGGAGGGCAUGGCCAAGAGUGACGGCGGAGCCUACCAAUGUUUCGCCAGGAAGAACAAAAUGUCAGCUCAGGAUUUUGUUCAGGUCAUCUUGGAGGACGGCACUCCGAAGAUUCUGUCCUCCUUCAGUGAGAAGGUGGUCAACCCCAACGAGCCGGUCUUCCUGGUGUGUAACGUCAAAGGCACUCCCCCUCCCUCCUGCACCUGGAACCUGGACGACGACCCGGUCAUCAAGGACAGCCACCACCAUCCCGGCCACUAUGAGACCCACGAGGGCCACGUGGUCAGCCAGCUGAACAUCACCCACACCAAGGAGGUGGACGGAGGGGUGUACCGCUGCACCUGCAGGAACUCGGCCGGGGCAGUCUACCACCAGGCUCGAAUAAACGUAAGAGGGGCUGCCAGCAUCCGUCCAAUGAAAAACAUCACAGCCAUCGCAGGGCGGGACGCGUACAUCCACUGUCGCGUCAUUGGCUACCCGUACUAUUCCAUCAAGUGGUAUAAGAACUCCCACCUGCUCCCCUUCAACCACCGGCAGCGGGCCUUCGAGAACAACGGCACUCUGAAGCUGUCCAACGUGCAGGAGCUGGACCAGGGAGAGUACAACUGCAGGGUAUUGGUCAAACCUCAACAAGAGACCAAUCAGAGCGUCCAUCUCAGUGUCAAAGUUCCACCGUACAUCCAGCCCUUUGCAUUCCAACGGUUCUCCAUUGGUCAGCGCGUCUUCAUCCCCUGCGUGGUAAUGUCAGGUGACCAGCCCCUGGACAUCACCUGGCAGAAGGAUGGGCGGCCAAUCCCUGCCAGUCUGGGGGUCACCAUCGACAACAUAGAGUUCACCAGCUCGCUGCGGAUCUCCAACCUGUCCCCAGACCACAACGGAAACUACACCUGCAUCGCACGCAACGAGGCUGCAGCCGUUGAGCACCAGAGUCAGCUCAUUGUCAGAGUUCCUCCCCAGUUUGUGGUGCAGCCCACAGACCAGGAUGGGAUCUAUGGCAAAACUGUGACCCUUAACUGCUCUGCUGAGGGUUAUCCACGCCCCACCCUCGUAUGGAAGCACUCCAAAGGUAACGGGGUUCCCCAGUUCCAGCCUAUAGCCCUGAACUCUGGCUCCCGUAUCCAGCUGCUGGUCAACGGCUCUCUGCUCAUCAAACACGUGCUGGAGGAGGACAGCGGCUACUACCUGUGUAAGGUCAGCAAUGACGUGGGAGCUGACGUCAGCAAGUCCAUGUACCUCACCGUCAAAAUCCCGGCCAUGAUCACAUCGUACCCCAACACCACCAUGGCCACGGUGGGCCAGCAGAAGGAGAUGAGCUGCACGGCCCACGGGGAGAAGCCCAUCAUGGUGCGCUGGGAGAAGGAGGAACGCAUCAUCAACCCAGAGACCAGCCGCUACACCGUUGUGGUCAAAGAGGUGGCUGACGAGGUCAUCUCCACUCUGAAGAUUUUGCCCACUGUUCGGGAAGAUUCUGGGUUCUUCUCCUGCCAUGCCAUCAACUCCUAUGGUGAAGACAGAGGGAUCAUUCAGUUAACAGUGCAAGAACCUCCGGACCCUCCUGAGGUGGAGAUCCGAGAGGUCAGAGACCGGACAAUCGCCCUCCGCUGGACCAUGGGCUUCGACGGAAACAGCCCCAUCACAGGAUAUGACAUUGAGUGCAAGAACAAAUCAGCCUCGUGGAAUUCAGCCCAGAUAACCAAAGACGUGUCCCCCCAGUUGAACCAGGCCACCAUCAUAGACCUGCACCCAUCCUCCACCUACAACAUACGCAUAUUCGCCAAGAACGACAUCGGCAAGAGCGACACCAGCAACGAGCUCACUAUCACCACUGACGAAGCAGCCCCUGAUGGUCCUCCACAGGAAGUACAACUGGAGGCCACCUCUCCACAAAGCAUCAAAGUCACCUGGAAGGCCCCCCAUAAGCACCUUCAGAAUGGGGUGAUUCGGGGAUACCAGGUGGGUUACAGAGAGUACAGCUCUGGAGGCAGCUUCCAGUUUAACAUCAUCAGCAUGGACACCACAGGGGACAGCAGCGAGAGCAUCACCCUGGACAACCUGAGGAAGUUCACUGAGUAUGGGGUGGUGGUGCAGGCAGCUAACCGUGCUGGCACCGGCCCUUCCUCUCAGGAGGUCAUCACCAAAACACUGGAGGAUGUCCCCUCACGUCCCCCUGAGAAUGUACUGGCCAUGGCCAAGUCUCCAGAAGUCAUCUCUCUGUCCUGGUUGACACUGCCCAAAGAGGCCCUCAACGGAAACCUGCAGGGCUACAGAGUAAUCUACUGGGCCAACCUGCCAGAUGGAGAGUUGGGAGAGAUCAGGAACGUGACCACCUCCUACCCGUCUCUGGAGCUGGAUGGUCUUGAGAAAUACACCAACUACAGCAUCCAGGUGCUGGCCUUCACCCGGGCCGGAGAUGGGGUGCGCAGUGAGCAGAUCUUCACCCGGACCAAGGAAGAUGUCCCUGGGCCUCCAGCGGGGGUUAAGUCUGCAGCCUCCACCAGCUCCGUGGUGUUUGUGUCCUGGCUCCCUCCUCUCAAACUCAACGGCAUCAUCAGGAAGUACAUUGUCUUCUGCUCCAACCUGCACCCCACGGUGAUGAGUGAGUUUGAGGCUUCUCCUGAUGUAUAUUUCUACAGAGUGCCAAACCUGGCCCGUAACAGAAAGUACAGCAUCUGGGUGGUUGCCGUGACAGCCGCUGGGCGAGGCAACAGCAGUGAGACCAUCACAGUGGAACCUCGGGCCAAAGCUCCUGCCAGGAUCCUGACGUUCAACAGAACAGUGACUACACCCUGGAUGAAGGACAUCGUUCUGCCCUGCAAGGCAGUCGGAGAUCCACCCCCCACCAUCAAGUGGCUGAAGGGAAACAGCAAUGGUACCCCUGCCCCUGUUCUGAUUGACGGACGCCGCAGUGUCCAUAGCAACGGCAGCUUCAUCAUCCGGACGGUGAAAGCAGAGGACUCUGGGAAUUACAGCUGUGUGGCCAGCAACAACUGGGGCUCAGAUGAGAUCACGCUCAACCUGCAGGUUCAAGUUCCUCCAGACCAACCACGCCUCACAGUUACCAAGACAACCACCACGUCAAUCACUCUGUCCUGGAUACCUGGGGACAAUGGAGGAAGCUCCAUCAGAGGCUACAUCCUGCAGUACUCAGAGGACAACAGUGAGCAGUGGGGCAGCUUUCCCAUCAGCCCUAGCGAGCGCUCGUACCGUCUGGAGAACCUGAAGUGUGGCACCUGGUACAAGUUCACCCUGACUGCUCAGAACGGAGUGGGCCCCGGACGCAUCAGUGAGAUCAUUGAAGCAAAGACCCACGGAAAAGAGCCCCAGUUUGCCAAAGAACACGAGCUGUUUGCCAGCAUCAACUCCACCCGGGUCAGGCUCAAUCUAAUUGGGUGGAACAAUGGCGGCUGCCCAAUUACCUCGUUCACCCUGGAGUACCGUCCGGUGGACAUGGCAACGUGGACCACAGCCCAGCGCACCUCACUAACCAAGAGCUACAUCCUGUAUGACCUGGCGGAGGCCACCUGGUACGAGCUGCAGAUGAAGGUGGUCAACAGCGCCGGCUCCGCCGAGAAGAAAAUCACGUUCGCCACGCUCAACGCUGAUGGAAGCACUAUCCCUCCUCUGUUGAAGACAGUGGACCCCAUCACAGACAACAUGUCAGGCAACGAGGGGCUGAAGAUGAUAGUGACCAUCACCUGUAUCCUGGUAGCUGCUGUCAUGGUCUUCAUCCUCCUGAUGGUGCUGAAGAGGAGGAGGAGGGAGCAGAGGCUCAAGAGGCUACGCGAUGCAAAAAGCCUGGCAGAAAUGCUGAUGAGUAAAAACACACGGACACCAGACACAUCGAACAAGCAGCAGACCAUGAGAAUGCACAUCGACAUCCCCCGAGCCCAGCUGCUCAUCGAGGAGAGAGAUACUAUGGAGACUAUCGACGACAGGUCGACGGUGCUGCUGACUGAUAAUGACUUUGGGGAGACGUCCAAACAGAAGUCGUCCACUGUCACGCACACAGUCCAUUAUCAGUCCCUAUCUCAGGCCACCGGCCCACUGGUGGACGUCUCCGAUGCCCGGCCAGGAACCAACCCCACAGCACGCCGCACAGCCAAAGCAGGCCCUGCAGCCAGCAGGAACCGCUACGCCAGCCAGUGGACCCUGAACCGGCCCCAACCUCCCACCUCCUCCCACACCCUCAGCACAGACUGGAGACUGCCCACACCGCGCGCCACCGGCUCUGUGGACAAGGAGAGCGACAGCUACAGCGUCAGCCCAUCGCAGGACACAGACCGCGCGCGGAGCAGCAUGGUGUCGACAGAGAGCGCGUCGUCCACGUACGAGGAGCUGGCCCGGGCCUACGAACACGCCAAGAUGGAGGAGCACCUGCGGCACGCCAAGUUCACCAUCACAGAGUGCUUCAUCUCCGACACGUCCUCGGAGCAAAUGACGGCCGGCACCAACGACUACACAGACAGCCUGACGUCCAGCACGCCGUCCGAGUCAGGCAUCUGCAGGUUCACCGCCUCCCCGCCCAAGCCUCAGGACGUCAGCCGGGUCAUGAACAUGGCCGCACCCAAGGCCCACAGACCGGGAGGAGAGCUGGUGCACCUGCCCCCGUACCUACGCAUGGACUUCCUGUUAAACCGUGGCUCUGCAUCAGGAGGCCGGGGGUCCAACGGUGGUAACGGAGGAAGAGAAGGAGGAGGAGGGGAGGCAGUGGCGUUGGGCCAGGCGUGUCUGGAGCCCCAGAAGAGCCGCACACUGAAACGGCCCCCGCUCCUGGAGCCCACACCCAUGGAGGUGCCCACGUCCAGGGAGGUGCAGCAGUGGCAGCCAGGGACUGCCUCCACACUGCCCCAGCAUGAGCCCACUGGCCGUGAGGCUACUGGCCGUGAGGCUACCGGAGACCUGGCCCAGGCGCAGGCCGCCAAGCUCAGCAGCUCACAGGAGUCCCUGCUAGACUCCAGAGGACACCUAAAACAGAGCAACAACCCCUACGCAAAGUCCUACACAUUGGUAUAACACAAGGAGUUACGUUACACACUCCAGGACUUAGACUGUAAACUGUACUGCAGCUCUACACUGAGAGCUGGCACAGAACAAUGAUGAUGAUGGACACUUUUCAACAACAACUAAAGUUGUAUAUAUAUAUAUAUAUAUAUAUUUCUGACUCCAAGUGGAUGCGUUACUUUGAUUCUUUCUGUCUUUCUUUCUCUUACUUUCUUUCUUUCUUCUCUCUUCUAUAUUCCUUUCUUUCAUUCUUUUGUUCUUUCUCCCUUCUUUCCUCUUCUGGCUCUCGUUUCUCCGGUUUCUUUUCUAUUUGAGGAUUAUUUUAUUCUAAACACCAUAUGAAGAUUGCCAAAAUAAUGUAUUUAAAUUUGACAGAGAAAAAUACUAUUGAAUUUAUAUCAAGGGUAAUUAUAGUCAUUAUUAUUAUUAUUAUUAUUAUUAUAUAUAAAAAUAUAAAAAUGUCUAAAAACAAGAAGAAGAAGAAGAGGAGCACUCUGCAGGAGGAUAUUGCUUUCUUCAUUUAUUUAUUUUGUAUGUCGCAGUGUGAUCAAACGAGGAUUGGGUAGCGAGAGGAAAAUAACUGCAUUAAAGCUGAACCUGUCUGUCCAUGCCGUCUACUCAAUCUACUCAGAUUGUUACUACAUUCUUCAACCUUUCCAAUGACUGCAUGGGGACUGAUCUAUGACAAUUAUAAGAAUGGCUGGAAAAUCCAAAAGAUAAUUUUGUCACACUAUAAAAAUUAUACAAUGUGAAUAUAUAUAAAAGAGAUCACUUUUAUUUGUGGAUAUUACAGGGGAAAUGAUUUGGUUAAUAAAGUCCUUAGUCAUGUUUGCACACGUGGGUUUGAUUUGAGAUGUGGACACUUCCUCUCUUUAUUCCUCCAUCUCUACCCUCUCAGCCACCUCAGAGCCCAGCACACAGAUCGCUCCAUAGCCUGUGUGUUGUGUAACAGAAACACCCUUCCCUAUGUAGACACUGCAAUAAUUGAUCUGGGUGUAUACAUGAUAAAUGACUCUGAACAGGUCACCUGGAUCGGGUGUCUCACAUUAUAUUAGCUAGUGGAGGGCAGGCAGGGAAUUGACAUCACUGCUCCCUAUCAGACCUCAGGGGGGUAUCUGACUCCAGUG